AUGACUGAGGCAAAGUCUAAAAGAGAUUUAAUAUGGGAAGAAAAGAGAAGAUAGAGAGAAGAACGAUUACUAAGUAUAAUAUAAAUAUCAAUGUAGGAAUGGAAGGAUAAAUGUUAGAAAAUAAUGCAAAUUAAUUCUAACUCCCACCUCCAAGAUUAGAUGAUUAAGUACCUAUUUCGUUCCCUUCUCAACCUUAAGAAUAUGAACCCUACAUCCCUCCAGAACCUUAUGUACCAAUCGAAAACUAUCGAAAUCCUGAUCCACCCAGAAUGUAUUAAGGAUCAAUCCCUCAGCAAUCUGAUUUUAGGGAAUAAAGAGAUAAAAAUAGUUAAUUUUAAUAAUAACCUGCAAUACAAUAAAGUCCUUUAAAAAAUCCUAUUAAAUAAUAGUAGGAUGAAUAUAGAGAAUAUUUGAAAAAACAGAUGGAAGAUAAAGAAGCAGAGAAAAAGAGAAGAAGAGAAGGAACAAAUAAUAAUUAAUAAUAAAUUCAACAAACUUAAUUUCAGUAAUAAUCUGCAAAUCCUCCUCCUCCUCUUCCAACUUAACCUAUUAAUAGAUAAAAAUAAGAAUAUGGUGAAUUUUUAAGAUAAUAAAUGAUGGAAAAAGAAGAAUAAAAGAAACGAAGAAUUUAAUCAGGAAAUAAUUAAAAUCCCUAAUCAUAAUACUAAGUCUAAUAAUAAUCUUAACAAUACUAGUAAUAAAUCUAUUAGCCGUAAUAAUUUGAAAUUAAUUAAGGUAGUUAUUCUUAAGUCAAUCAAUAAUCCAUUAUUCCAUAUUAAUAACAACAGCCUUAAUAAUUCAAUUAGAAUAAAUAAUAAAAAUAAGAAUAUGGAGAUUAUUUAAGAAUGCAAAUGCAAUUAAAAGAACAAGAAAAAAAUGACAGAAAGAAAAAUCUUUAGUAAAGAAUGGAAACUGGAGAUGCAUUUCCUUUUGGUAAAGGUGGAGGUGGUGCUCCAAAUUAAAGAGGUGCCAAUAUUCAAGUAGCUCAAAAUUAUAAUUAACAAUAAAUAUAUCAACAUUAAAUACUAAAUUAAUAAUAACCUUAAUAUGUUUAGCAAUAAUAAAGUUUUUAAUAACCAAUUUAAUAGGUUUAAUAUUAACAAAGUAUUAUGACUCCUUAAUAAUAUUAAUAUCAAGAAUAAAAUAUACCAUUCGAUUAAUAACCAAUUUUAACGGAACCAUAAGGAGAUCCUUAAUUGAAAGGAGGGAGAAAUAGAUUAAUGAUGGAAAAUUAAAAUAUUGAUGAUAUAAAGAAAAAAGAAUAAUAGAAAAUAGAAAUGCAAAGAGUUUUAUAAGAAUAGAUAGAAGAAAAGAAGAGAAAAAAAGAAUAGGAAAGAUUGUAAAAAGAAAUGGAAGAUAGAUAAGAAGAAGAGAGAUUUCGAAGAUAAAAGGAGUAGGAGGAAAUGGAAAAGAAAAGAGAAGAUGAUUUGAAGAAACAAUAAUAAGGAAGUAAUAUUAUUUAAUUAAAUAUUAAUUUUAGAGUUUGAAUAGGAUAAUAUUGAUUUAAAAGAAAAACGAAGGUUAGAACGUAUUUAAGAGAGGAAAAAUAGAAAAAAUCAAUAAUAAGAUGAGGAUUAACCAUAAUAGAACUUUUAGGGAUUUGAACAAUAACAACAAUAAAUACCACCUCCCUCUCGUAAUCUUCCUCCUUCUUAGCCAAAAUCAGAGAAUUAUUUAAAGGAAUUCCUUAUGAAUGAAAAAAUGAAAGAGGGAGUUAGUCCACAUUAAAGUAUUCUUGAUUUUUAUAGAAAUGGUCCUUAACCUAUGAAUAAAGUUGAAAUUUAAUAAAAUAGAGAAAUUGAUGAUAUUAAAAGAUAAAUGCUUUAAUAAUAAGAAAAUUUGCAAUAAUAAAUAUAAUAAGUUAUGAGUUAAGCUCAAAUGGCAAUAGAAGGUAGAAAUAAAGCAGAAUAAGAAUUGAUUGCUCUAAAAGAAUAAGUUAAAAAUAAGUAUUUAUAAGAAGAAAGACAUCAUGAUGAUUUAAUGAUUGCAUUAGUAAAAAAUGAUCCAAAAUGGGAGAAAUAAGUUUUUCCACCUCAUCUUUUGGCUCAAGCUGAGGUUGGUGCAUACAAAGAUUUAUCUAUGCCAGCAUUAAAUGAAAAUUUCAAUUUUCCUAAUCUUAGUUAAAAUAAAGCACCUACAUUUGCACCUGCUUAUGAAAGCAAACGUAAAUUAUAUAUAUAGAUAAUAUAGCUCUUGUGUUGAAAGAAGAAUCAAAAGAAUAAAAAUAAAAUUUUAGAGAAUAAUUUGGACUUUAAUCUUUAGUUUCAGAUUCUAAUAUGGUACCUAUUGAUCAUAAUGCAUCAUUGGUUCCAUAAAUACAACCUAUGAAUAAAAAGGUUUCAGAAGUCUAAUUGGAUAAGAUUGAUGAAUUAAAUGCUCAUUUUGAAGACAGUCUUAAAUUAGGAAUAGGUGAGACCUAUUAAAUAAGACAUGAAAAUUACAAAUAGAGACCUCCAAGUAAUAAUGGAUAACAUCCAUCUUGGAAUGUUCCUUCUAUUGACUCAGAAUUUGUUAAGGAAAUUGAUGAUCUUUUAAAAUAUAAACCAGCUUAAUAGACUUUGAAUCGUCCUCCUUCAGGAUUUACAAGAAAUGGGCUUGAAUAGAAAUAAUUAUAAUAAUCUAUAUCUAAUAGACCUCCAUCUUAAACUAAUUAGAGACCACCUUCAACUUUUGGACGUGUUGCUUAAGGGAUAUUGGGAUCUACUGAUUUAAAUUAUAAGGGUAUUACUUUAGAUUCUGAAUUUCCUGAUAUGACAAUGAUCAAAAAAGUAACAAAUACUGAUACAAUGGAUAUAGCAGGAAUUCAUAAAAAGAUGGAUUAAAAAUUAAUGCAUUUAAAUGAAAUUGAAGAAGAUGAUGAUUUAAAGAAAUUAGAUAAAUUACUUUAUUAAUAUAACUAAUGA